AAAAAAAUAAUUUGUUUUUUUGGCCUGUAUAAUAUAUUGAUUUGAUUUUUUUUAAAUCUAAGGUAUCAAGAUGAAGGAAAAAUUUGUGCGUGUGCAAAAAUUUUUUGGGAAAAUUACACCUACCAAAAGAAAAAGAAAAAAAAAAGCCUGCGAUAAGAUGGCCUGCCGUGCUCUGCCUGACGAGCUAGAUGGGCCCAUUGCCCGCCCAGCUUUGUUCCAACAAAAAUUUGACAGCGUGGAAGGAGACUGUGAAAGCAGCACUUCCUCUUUCCAGGAGGACCAGACUGAGUUCAAGCUGUUCUAUGAAAUGUGGUGCAUCAGCUGCUGGACAGUGUCUGUCAAACAAGUGCAGGAGAAGGAUGGUGAAUUAAGCUUCACCAUUAGCCUGGAGGAGGCCAGUAAACCUGAAGGUCUGAACUGGAAUGUGAGUAAGUCCCAGACGGACAUCCGACUGUUCUACUGCUGUCUGCAGGACCGUGCUAACCUGCCCUCUAUAGCAGAGCUGUUGGAAAGCACAGAGAACACCAUGAACGACAAGUUUAAACAACAAGCCUCAGCAACCCUGGAGGCCUUCUUACAGGAGCUGGUUAAAGACAGCCAGCUGGGCCAGAGUACAGAAGUCUUUAGGUUUCUGUGCCCUCUAGAGCAGCUGCUAACUGAGGAGUCUAAUGGGGAAGUGUGGAGUCUGCUGAGGAACAUGGCAUACUUCAUGACCCAAAUGGACGGGGAGGAGGAGGAUGUCGGCGCACCAGGUCCAGCACAAUUAGGUGACCCUGGCACAGAGGCCAUGGGGCCUGAAGGGCUGGCUGAGACGGAGGCUGAGACAGAGGCUGAGGGUGAGGCUGAGGAUGAGGAUGAGGAUGAGGAUGAGGAAGCAGACUUGACGGGAAGCUGUGACGGCCGUCGCCGGUUUACUGCCGUCUCGGGCAGACCGCCGUCUGCGGGCUCUGGAGACUCUGGAGACAGCAGCGGAGGCCUGGAGGAGGCACCUCUAUUCCAGGCAGCGCGUCUGCCAGUCACAUGCCAGUCUGAGGAUGAUCCUCCAGGAAGGGAAUCGCAUUCCCGACAAGAUGAUGGAGGCCAGCAAUAUGACUGUACCGAUGGCCUCUGUCUCCCCACAAAGGCGAAGUACAGAGAAAGGGUAGAGCAACCAAACAAGAAAGAACUUGACCGAUCUGGCAAGGGGCGGCACGAUGUCAACAAAGCCAUCAUUGAUCUGUUGAAAGAAAUAUCAGGUAAUGGAAUUAUCAUUAGCGCAAUUGAGGUUAUAUUGAAGUUGAAAUAUUCGAGAAGGUGGUUGAUCUGGUUCCUGAAUAAGAUAAACCGCACAGAGCCCCAGAUUGCCUCUUACAUUGACAUGCUCAGGAAGAAGCAGUGGCCUGGUGGGGUGCCAGUGGACUCGGGGCCUGGCCAAACCCGAACCAGCGAGCAGAAGAGAGAAACCGAAGUCCGAGCUCAUCAGCUCAUCAAUAGCAGUUCAAUUCCUUUCUUUUUAAAGAUUGAUGUUGACGCAGUUUUUAAGAUCUUCCAGGACACCAAGGAGAACAAAAAGCUGAUUUAUAUGUUGCUGUCAUUUCUGUUGAGGGAGCUAAUGCCUGGAGAAUCAUCUCUGAAUGUUCUGAACAGUCCUGCAUAGCUUCAGUCCAUCUGAAAAGCAUUAAUAUGUCAGAGCCAAUAUUAACAGAGAAACAUUUUUAAAUAUUGUUAACAAAUGUACUUUUUUAACAUGCAUUUUAUGUGUGGUAUAUAAUCUUCAGCUGUGUAAACAGUCAGUGUAAAAUAUAUAUUUGUAGAAAUUGUUAUUUUACAAUCAUACCUAUGAUGUUUACAAAGUGCACUUUAAAUAGUUUGUUUUAAAAAGUUUUAAAUGUUAAACUUACUGAGGGAAUCAUGCGGUGAUGUCAUCGUAGAGCAGUGAAAGGGGAAACUUUUUUUAUUUUUAACAAAAUUGAAUGUCUCAAUGGGGACUAACCAGAGAUUUCUGGAGUUACAAAGCAAAAGUAGCAGGUGAUUAAACCUCUGUUCUGUUGACGCACUUUAAAAAAAUUAAAUUAUGCAUUAACUCAAA